AUGGCUCCCUCCGCCGUAGAGACCCAGGACGUCAACCUCACAGCCGCAGCAAUCCACAAGAAAGAUCUCGCCCAGCCCACCGUCAACGGCACCCCCCAGGUCCAGGCUCCCCUCGACGCUUCAAAGCUCACCUACACAUACACACAAUCCCCCCGCUCCGUCCCCGAUGAAGCAACCGCCCACUCCGGCGACGAGACCAUCGCCACUGACCACAUGGUCCUCGCCUCAUGGAAGGUCUCUACCGGCUGGUCCGCCCCCGAGCUCAAGCCCUACGGACCCCUGAGCCUCAUGCCCACUGCCUCCGUCCUGCACUACGCUACAGAGUGCUUCGAGGGUCUCAAGGUCUUCCGCGGUUAUGAUGGCAAGCUCCGUGUUUUCCGCCCUGAUCGCAACGCUGCGCGUCUUCGCAUGUCGGCGAGCCGCAUCUCGCUUCCUGUCUUUGAGCCCGAGGAGGUAGAGAAGCUCAUCAUCGCUCUUCUAUCCGUCGACGGCACAAAGUGGCUUCCCGCCGAUCGCGCCGGCAGCUUCCUUUACAUCCGCCCAACCAUCAUCGGCACUGCUCCUCAGCUCGGUGUCUCUGCCCCCAAGGAAGCCCUUCUCUACAUCAUCGUGACAUACAUGCCCCGCAUGGACGCUCCCCCUGGUGGAAUGCGUCUUCACACUUCCCCUGACGACAUGGUGCGCGCCUGGGUCGGUGGCUUCGGGUACGCCAAGGUCGGCGCCAACUACGGCCCUUCUCUGCUCGCCACGGCUGAUGCACGAACCCGUGGUUUCCACCAGAUUCUCUGGCUGUACGGUGCUCAGGGCGAGUGCACCGAGGCUGGAGCCAGUAACUUCUUUGUUGUCUGGAAGCGAAAGGACGGCAAGAAGGAGAUCAUCACUGCUCCUCUUGAUGAUAAGCUUAUCCUUGAUGGUGUCACCCGCCGAAGCUGUCUUGAGCUGGCUCGCCAGCGUCUGGGAGAUGAGUACGAGAUUACUGAGCGAAAGUACACCAUCGCUGAGGUCAUUGAGGCCGAUGCUGAGGGUCGUCUGAUUGAGUCUUUCGCUGCUGGUACAGCUGAGUACUUCAUCUGCCCCGUCUCCCAGAUCCACCACCGUGGACAGGACAUCAACAUCCCCAUGGGUGCUGAGGGUGAGGCCGGCGACGUCACUAGCAAGAUCAAGGGCUGGCUGGGCGACAUCAUGUACGGUCGCACAGAGCACCCCUGGGGCGUUGUCAUCCCCGAGAAGAAGCAGUAA